CCGGAUAAAUUAAACCGAAAAUACCGCCUAUUUAAAUCGAAACAAGAGCGUCGAAUAAAUCCAUCAAAUCAAUUAUCAAACAUUUCCUCUCCCCUCAAAUUCUAACCAAUCAGAAAACAGAAAAAAAAGAAAAGAAGAAGAAAUCGAGAAUGGCCGGAGUGGAAUUACUGCUGCCGAAAGAGUACGGAUACGUUGUUCUUGUUCUCGUUCUGUACGGCCUUGUCAAUGUCUGGAUGGCUUUGCAAGUGGGUAAAGCUCGCCGCAAGUAUAAGGUGAUGUAUCCCAUCAUGUACGCAACUGCAGAUGAUACCAAGGAUUACAAUCUCUUUAACUGUGUCCAGAGAGGUCACCAGAAUUCACUGGAAAUGAUGCCCACAUUUUUCCUGCUGACGGUAUUGGGAGGGAUUAGGCACCCUCUCGUUUCUGCGUCGCUCGGACUUUUUUACACCUUCACUCGAAUUUUCUAUUUCAAAGGCUACUCCACCGGUGUACCUAAAAAUCGUCUUUCCAUCGGGAAAUAUAAUUUCAUUGCCAUUUUUGGGCUUAUGAUUUGCACAAUUUCGUUGGGAGUGCAUCUGCUUAGGGCAUAAAAGGAAGGUUUCUCACUUUGAUGUAGUGGAGUUUUUGUUGUUUGUGGAACUUCAUAUUACGUUUGUUACUCCUUUGUUUUGCCUUUGUCUUGUAUCAAAUAACGCAGUUUGUAUUGGAUCCGAUAAGGUUGCUUUUUGUUGUAAUACUUCCACUUCGAUGUAAACUUGUAGUGGUGAAUCGCAAAUACUGAUAGCAAUUUUCAGUCAAUUUUUAUGUACUGCGUUAUAUACUGCAA